GGGGGGCCACUGGGAGCCGUGAUAGCGUCCAGAUGUUCGUCUGUGCAAGUUACUGUGGUCGAUAAAGAUGCAACACGAAUUGAAUCAUGGAAUUCCGAAUCCCCGCCGUUACACGAACCAGGGCUCGCUGAAAUCAUCUCCGGCAUCAGACAACAUGCAUGGACGUCGACCGAAUACGUAAAAUCACGGCUCGUCUUCUCAACCGAAAUUCAGUCCGCAGUUCAAGAAGCUCAGCUAAUAUUGUUAUGCAUUGAUACUCCUACAAGGAUCAGUGGUCGGGGCAGUGGCUUUGCCGCAGACCUGGGGAAUAUAAAACAUUCUGUUGAGGCCAUUGCUCGGGCGGCGACCGAUGAUAUGAUGCUCAUGGGAAAAUCAACGGUUCCAUGUGGGGCUUCUCAGAUGAUUAAGACGAUUGUAAGCUUACCUUGCUCACUCUCCGUACAGGGCAUGUAUGGACGCGAAUGCAGUUAUUGUGGCAACUGACUGGGAUGAGCUUAAGUGCUCUUCCUCGAACAAUGAUGAGGCCCAGUCGUUGGAUUGGCAAAAUGUCUUGCGAGUGAUGCGAGAGCCGAAAUGUGUAUUCGAUGGACGGAACAUUUUGGACGGUGACUUCAUCCACAGUCUGGGUGGUCGCUAUGUACGAGUGGGAAUUCGUCGGAGUGGGACCGAGUGUCGCUAGCUUCUCUCUGAUUCGUCCAAACGGCACAAGCU